AUGCAGAGGCAAACAGAGGAGAGAGAAGGACCCGGCGCGGGCCACGAUGAAGGAUGGGAGUUUGCGCGGCAGCUUGCCGCUGUCUCCGCCUCGGUGGAGAGUCUUAGAAGACAGGCAGAGGGAAGGUUGACAGAGAGCGAGCCGAGACAGGAGAAAGGCGCGUCGCCAGUGCCUGCUCAGCUUCUCGAGCGGCUUCGCGCUCUUCUCCACGAUGACGCUCCUCGUGUGGAGACAGCUGCACAGGGAAGCAAAGCCGUACACUCGCUCCCAGGGCAGGCGCGGGGCGCAGGGGCCCUUCGUCCUCGACAGCAAACGUCCCAGAGAGAGAGGGACUUGGAGAGGUUUUCCACCAGUUAUUGCGCUCUAUCUCCUCUCUGUUCGGAGGUUCUCACUCUCCUCCAGCUUCUGCUUUUCAAGGAGACGUCUUCGUCUCGCACGAGCGAGGAAAGAAAGCAAAGAGGCAGCCUUGGUCCAGGAGACACCAUUUCCGGAGUGCUGGACAAGAAGGCCCAGAAGGACUUGGAGGACCUCAGCGAGCUUCUGCUUUCCUUUCUCUGUUCCGUGUUCGAACAGGAAUCGCUGGACGUUGCAGAUUUCUGCACAUGCCACACUCGCCGCAAGGUUUCCGCCGCUGUGACGACGCCUGCGUUUCUCUCGUCUCUCGGCCUCUUCCUCUCUUCUUCCCCCUCGGCCUGCUGCUCGUUUCUCCCCCCCUCGCCGCUUCUGCGGCUCCGAUGUCUCCAACUACUUCGGGCCGCCGCCGCGGUCGUCCCCUCCCCGGCGGCCUUCAGCCUGGCUUUGGCCUUGGGCGCCCACGGGGCCUCGAGCGCCGCAGAGACUGACGGCGGAGACAGACUGCUCUUCGCGGGGCUCGCCGCGGCUCUGGAAGGCCCUCAAGCGAAGCUCCUGCAGACGAAGAAGCAGCCGAGCAACUCGCGUGGCGGCGUCUGGCUUCCCCCGCUCGCAUGCAACGCCGCGCCAGAGGAGUCGCUGUCGCACCUGUCUCAGCAGAAAGCGUCCAUGCGUCAGGACGGCUCCGGCGGGCAGCCCCGGGAGUCUGCGUGUCUCUCCGCGAAGAGCUCGCCAAGGGGAAAGCCUGCGCCGAGUGCCGACGCCUGGUCCGUCGCCUGGGGGCGAACCUUCACGGCCUGCUCCUGUCUCUCUCGCGGGUGCGGCCCGCGAAGUGUCUCCUUUCUUUCGCGCGUCUUGGCGGGUGAGGCUGGAGGGGACUGCCUGCAGCUCGCGGACGCGGUCGCCGGACCUGGCGAGACCCAGGCCUUGUCUCCGAAUCAGGUGGCGGCUGCUGUGGGGCGAUGGGCCAGCGCGUCGAACGGAAGCGCCGCAGGAGACACUUCCGGAGCGAGGUGUGGGGCUGUACCUAUCCGCUACGCUCUUCGCCAAGAAGCCCUUUGCCUCCUGCUUCAACUGCUGCUUCACAAAGACAAAAGUGUGGGGUUAACGCUCCUUCAGCGUCCUCCAAACCGGCAGCCUCUCGCUCCGCCCCUGUCGAGCUCGCCUUCCACCGCCUCGCCAGCUGGGUCGAGACCCUCGACAGUGGCCGAUCUGUUCGUCAGAGCCUUUCUCCCGCUUCGUUUCGACAGGAGACAAGACGCUCUCGUCUGGUUGCUGGGUUUCCGGCGAGCCCUUCGAGACUUGGAGAUACGUGCGCGCAUGUCUGCCGCGUUUCGCGCUGCAGCCGGAGGCCGGCGAGGUGGACGAGAGGGGAGCGCUUUCUCCGAGAUUUUCAGCAAAGGCGCCAAGAGCGGCCCUGGAGAAGAAGAUAGUUCCCGUGGGGGAGAGGAGACGGGGCGUGAAGGCCCAAGUUUGCCCUCUGGAGGGGCCAACCCUGUGGGGUGGAUUUGGAGACGCGUAGGGACAGGCCCCGUUCUCCAGGCUCUCGCUCACCUGCUGCACUCCUUCACCAGCCGAGAGUCGCUGGGUCAGCUCCUGGGACCUCUGACUUCUCAAAUGGAGACUACUCAAGAAGACGGAGAAGACACGGCAGACAACCCCCCCAGCGGAAGCGAGGUGGCUAUUGACGCUGAGGCCAUCCAGCGUGCAUCACGAGGAACGGGAGUGGAGCGGCGUCCAGGUCGCUCUCUCGGUGCCGGAUGCGAUGCUGCUGUGGAGCUGGAGAAGCCGAGAAUGUUUCAAGGGACGCACAACCUGUACCUCGCUCUUCUGCCAUCGUCCUUUCUUUCUUCGUUUCCUGGUGCCUCCUGUUCUUCUCCUUCUUGGUUGCUCCAAAGCCUUCUGGGGGAUUUCCUCCUCUGCGCCGUUCCGCCCUCUUCCCUCGACUCCGGUUCUUCGGUCUCCGCAACCGCGGCGUCUCGCCCUUCGCAAGGGUCGUCUUCCUCUUCUCCGCAGUCUGCGCUCGUCCUGUCCUUCUUGCAAGCGCUGCGGCCCGUCUUUCUGCCGCCCCAGCAAGAGCUCCUCCUGUCUCUGCUCGCUGCUUACCCUCUCGAGCUCCACACCCGUUUCCUGGAGACAUUUUCCGCUCUUCAUCUCGCUGCACGUUCUUCCGUCCAGUUUGCGCUUUCUCACUUUCUUCUCUUCCGUCUUUUGCUGCUUCCGCUGGAUCGACUCCGCGACUCGGCCGCCUCUCUCACUGGUGUCCUCCCGGCGGUCUAUCUGGCCCCGUCCUUCGUGUCUCCCUCUGGCGGCUUCAACGGAUCGACUGCCUUCUCCGCCGCCGCCUCCGGCGCCUCGACGGCUCCGACGGUGGAGACCCUUCAGGCAGCAACGCAGGUACAGCUGCAGGAAGUGGCGAUCGGCGAGAGAAGGAGACACUUGAUUCAGCCUCUGGUCUCGCUGAUGUCGCCCCCUUGUCUCCAGCUGCGUCAGCACCUGACGGCCAGUCUGCUCCACAGUUCGCUGUCCGUGAACUUUUUCGGGUUCGUUCUUUUGCGAGUUGCAUGCCGUCUCUUCCAAGCCGUCGCAGAGACCCUCGCCGAGGAGACAGCGGUCGCCGAAGGGACGUGGGGUCGAGACUCUCUCUCCCGCCUCCUCAAGGCGGCCAUGCGAGAGAGACUGCCCGACGAGAAAACAGUGCUGAACUGCUUGAAGAAGCUGGAGCAGCAUUUCCGGGUGUUCCCAGAUCCGACGUGUGGGAAGCAACGGAAAAGCGGGAAAGCCAGACUCGUGUGGGACGUCGAAGGCUGGGAUGCAGACGAGCUCUGGCCCACGGACGAGGCCCUCGUGAGAGAACAGAUGGACAGAGACCUAACGGGCGGCAGGAAGCGAAAGGGAAACGGUGGAGACGCACCCCGUUCUGCUAAGAAGCCAGAUGAAGACGAAGAGCUAGAUCUCCAUCUGGACGGGUUGGAAGACCUGAGCGACGAAGACACCGCAGACGAAUUUGACGCUGACGAGACACCAGACGAAGGCGACGCGUCUCGAAACGGAAACGGCGAAGCGGGAGGAUCGCGCAGCGGGGUUGCCGCAGCCUCGCCUUCGCUCACACCGGCAUUCAUCCUGAACCUCUCUCUGCGUCUUCUUCACUCUCGCCCGUCGCGGCGGCGACUGCCUCAGACCGGCGGGGCAAGCGCCGACGCCGUCGCGCACCUUUGCUCGCCAGCAUCCUCGCGUUCUGCUCGGGCGAUGCAUCCGUCAUGGGGGACCAUGCAGGCCGAAACGACUCUCCAGCUUCGAAGGAACGACGAAGAGUCAACGCCUCUUGGUCUCCUUCUCAGCUGUUUAGACGUUGCCCAUUUGUACCAAGCGCUCCUGCUUCCUCCAGGAGGGUUUUCCUUCGACUGGUCGCGGCUCCUCACCACGCCUACAAAAUUGGUUCCUGCGCCCCAGGAGAGGACCAAGGGAGACGGCCUUGUCUCCGCGGCGUCCGAAGCCGCCGUCCUGUCCCCUUCGGUUUGGGCUCUAGAGCCUGAGGCGGGGGCUGCGAUUGUCGCUCUUGGGCUCCAGGCCCUGGGCGGCGGCGGAGACGGCCUCGACGGGCAUCGUUUCGGAUUUCAAGUCGGGUCCAUCGUGUCGAAGCCGACGCUGAUUUUCCUGACGCAGCUGCUGUUUCAAUGGCGCCUCUCCGUUCAGCAAGAGGAAGUGGAACGGCCUGUGCUCGGGGGGCAGGCGGCUCUGCGCGUCGUUGCCACAAGUCUCCGAGACACCAGCUUCUCCGAACACCUCUUGGGCCUUUUCUCCAGGUGUCUCUCCGUCUCGCCCCUCUUCCAGACUGCCCCAGUGAACGAGUUGGCCAUCUGGCUCGCAGCGCUGUCUCCCCGCCAGCCCCAAGGCGGCGCCUCUUCUGGCGCUCAGGCGCCCUCCUUUUGUUUCCGCUGUGCGGCUUCCUACUUUUUAGCGAUUGUCAAAUUUGCUGUCGAGAAGCCUCUUCUUCUCUUGCAUCGCCGCUCGUCCUCUUCGCUGGACUCUGUCGACGCUUCUUCGCCUUAUGGCUCCACUUGUGAUUCGCCCUCUUCUCGACAGAGCGAGCCGGCAGGCGCAGCAGGCUGCGACUCCCCCGGCGUCUCUCUCUUCGUCCGUGCUCUCCUUGCGCAUCUCUCUCUCGCCCCAGAGUGCACUGGCGGCAAACCGCUGUACGUCGACGUCGUCGGCCCCUCGCUCUCUCUCUUCUUGUCGUCUGACGCUCCGCCUUCGUCGCUGGCCCAUGCGGAGUCGUGUCCGGCGUCCGCGGCGCCUUUCGCUCCCACAAAGAGAGACACCGCCUUGUGCGUGGACAGCAUCGGCGCGUGGGUCUCGCGCGGCCUCCUGGCUCUGCUGGCGCUUCGCCCCUGCCUCCUCGAGCCCGUCCGGGGUCUGCUCGACCGCCAGCGGCCCUGGCGAGUCGUCGGCGCGGCUCUGGGCGCCGGCCGGGAGGCUUCUGGCGAUGGAGGGGAAGGCGGCGAGAAGGGCGCGAGUGAGGAGGCAGGACAUCAGAAGAAGACCAAAGACAAGAAGAAAGAUAAGAACGCGGACAAGAGAGAAGAGGACAGGAAGCGGAAACACGGGUGGAGCUUGGACGGCGAGGAAGUGCAGGCGAAGGGUUCCGAUGGGCAGGGAGAGGAAGACACCGUCGAGAGAGAGCACGGAGGCGAGACGGAAGAAGACGAGAAACAGAAAGCAAUUGCAGCACUGCGACAAGCAGCUGCGCGACACCCACUCUACCCGAGAAUCAACGCGUGGAGACGAAGGCUGAGCGCUGUCCUGAAAGAAGCGAUACAGCUAGCGGCACAAGAGCGCGAGACGCGCCAGGGGAAGGACGCGCGUUACCGCCAGACAGAUGGAGCUUUUCAGGCGGGAGAAACGAGCGACGGAGACUGGGAUGGCGAGCUUGAGGAGGCUCCUCGCCUUCUCCCCUCUGAGCACCUUCUCUCCCAGGUGGCCUACAUCGAGGAGACGCUGCCGGCCGGCGCAUCCGAUGCCGACGGCCUCGCUCAGAAGACAUCGAAGCAUACUUCUGCAAAGCGACCGUCUUGUCCUUCCGCCGAUCUGCCUCUUGAGCUCCUCCUGCGGCACAUGCAGCCGUCGCGGGCACUGGUGUCGCUCUUCCUCUGUGAGGCCCAACGAAUGAAGAACGCUCACUUCCUUCUGCCUCUCCAGUCUUCAUUUUGCUCUUCCUGUGCUCCGUCCUGGCGCUGUCCGCUGCCCGUCUCGCGCUCUGCGGGGCUCUCGCCGUCCAUUGACGCCGCGCGGUCGAAUGUGGGGGCUCUGUUGGGAUUCUUGGCGUCGUGUCUUCGUCAGCAGACGACGCGCCUGUCCCUCUGUCCGACCAAGCAAGGGCAAGACUGUGCGGCGGGGGAGCGUGUGAUUUCUCUUUUGCAAAAGCUCUUAAAUACGUUCCACCUCGUCCAGCACCUAAAUGCCGGGGAGGCCGGGAACCGUACCUUUUUCGCGUGGCCUUCCGAGGAGACCCAGCAGCUUUCCUCAGUCUCCGGUGUCUCUCUCCAGGCACCAGACUUUGGGCCUGUCUCUGCACCGUUUCCUUCUGGCUCUUCGUGCUGGUCUUCGUCGGUCUCACCGUCGCUGGCGCCUGCAGAAGUCUGCGACGAAUCAGUCUUUGUUCGCCUGCUGAUGCGCCCCCGAGACGAAGCUGGCCUCGUCGGGCCUUCCUUGGAGCAGCGCGUGGAGCGGGAACUCAGCGAGCUAGCCUUCACCGCGCGGGCGCGAGCGAACGGCGGGAAGAAGGCGAAGAGCGGAAAAGGAGAAAGUGCAUUGGGAGAAGGACGAAAGAAAAGGAAGAGAGAGGGAGACGCCAGUGGAGGGGAAGAGAAAGGCGAAUCGACAUUUCUCCAGAUCGCAGUCCUCAGUUGCACGUACAUCACCACCGUGUUGAUCCAGACGGCGGACCGUGUCCACGAAAGUUACCCGCCGCCGCGAGGACUUUCCCCACGUUUUCAGCAGAACGGAGCAGGCUUCCUCACCCUCACCCGUCGGCUGUUGCCUCUCCUCCUCACGCGGGUGGCUAUCCCCUUGAGUCGCCUCGCGGCGCUGGAGCAGCGAAGACGUCUCGGCAGUGGGAGCCAGCUCGCCGCCGCCUCGGGGCACGAGCGGAGACAAGGAGACAGCGGCUCCUCGGAUCCGCGGGGAUCUCUCUCGUCGCUUCCUGCGUAUGCGCGAGAGACGCUCCAACGCAUCUGCGCAGCUGCGGCAGCCUGGGGCCUUGAAAAGGAGACGCUGCUCACUCCGGCGGUCGCGUUCCUACACGGCGUACACAUCGGGCUAGUCCGCGAGGUCACGAAGGGAGGUCAGGCAGGAGAUUGCCAGGCGGAUGAGCCUCCGCAGAGUUGUGGCGAUGCAUCCGACAGAGACAGGAAGAAGAAUUCGGAAGAGCGUGAGAAGCGAGGAGGCAGUGGAGGAAGGGAGGGCGAAGUUGCGUGUGCUGGUACUUCUGUCUCUGAUCCUGGGUCACGUUUCCCGCCUUCCCUCGAGGGUCGGUGGCCCUUGGACCUGAUGGAAACCUACGUGGAGCAUCGGCUUCAACAGCGCUCUUUUAUGAGCUCUCGUCAGCCCCUCAGGGCGAUGCCUGAAGCCGAAACGGCCGUUGUCGACUCUCCCCUUCGUUCGUCGUUUCCGCGCGCUCUCGACACAGAUGAGAUUCGCCUUCUUCUGGCUCUUCUUCAGCUGGUGGACGCGUCGGGAAGUUCGUCGGAAGGCGGCGAGACGGUCGGCGGUCUCUCGCCCGCCUUCUCUGGCGUGUACGGAGACGCCCGCGAGGAACAGCGACACCGCAGGAGAGUCGCGAAGCUGCUUGUGAGUCUCCUGGAUGCCCUCGACACCGCCACGGCUCCUGGCGCACGCGCGGGGCCUCUGUACGAGGGCGAGACAUCUAAACGAGGCGAAGGGAAGGCGACGACUGGCGAAGACUCUGGAGAGUCUGGAGGAAGCAAAACUCCAUUGGGGACUUUCUCGGAAUCGCUUCGAGUCGCGUAUGAAAGACAUCUCGUGCGGCAAUGUCUCGUUCCGGCAACGUGGAUACUUCCCGCGUCUGCCUCGCCCUCUGCUACUCCGAGCACCCCUUGUGACAGAAGAGUCGGUACACCUGAGGCAGCCGACAGCCUGUACGCGAUUCACCCCGGUCUCGGUCGGUUGUUUCACGAUCGGUUCGCUGGAAAUCCGUUCUUUCGAGCGGCCGUGCAGCUCGAGCUUGGAACACAACCUUCGCAACCGAACUCCUGUGUCUCAGGCUGCUCCCAGUUCUCCACGUCGUCUCUCGCUACCCCGCUGACGUCUCCGUCUCUUGUCCUGCGCGCCGAGUCGGUGGUGCUCCGCAGACAGGAGGGCGAAGCACGCCCCAGUGUCCUUCUCCUGUCCUCGUGGCGCUUCGCUCUGGAGCUUCUGCAGCUGCGAGAAGGAGCGCUGUGUCUCCUUCCUCUGUUUCCUUCUCGUCUUCGCCUUGCCAAGCGGCUUCUUGCUCUCGCGGGCGACAUCGGUGGAGACGACUCGGGCCCGAAGGCGAGCGGGGAGACAGAGGACCGGGAGGCGAGGCACGUGGACGCGAAAAAAGAGAAGAAGAAAAAAAAGAUCAAGGAGGCAGCGACGAAGUGGGGAGAGGGGAUGCUUCGAAUUCUGCUUCGAGUGCACGAGGCGUCUCAGGAGGGAACGGCUUCCGACCUGCACAGUGUCCGAAUAAAAGGAGACGCCGACGGCAGUGACGAGGAACGCUUCUCGCCCGUCGCUGAACAGACACUGAUGCAGGCGGCACUGGACUUCUACGAGGGUCGAGACGCGAUUUUCGAAAGUGACUGUUGGAGCGACUCCAAGGGCGCAGAGGAGGCGCGGCGCUUCGGGUGUCCGGCCGCCGUCUCUUCACCGCCUCGCAGGUGUUCUGGCGAAACAGAAACCGACGCAAACGACAAGGAAGAGGAAGACAAGGAAGUCGAGGAAGGAAAGAAAGUAAGGACCAGAGAGGCGAAGACCGCAGGUCGCGAAGACAUUCCCGGGGCAUUUGCUCUCGUGCGGCGAGGCGUGACUGCGAUCCAGGACAGUCUCAUCUCCUUGUCGAAUCCGACAAACCUUCCUCUCCAGGGACAGCUUUUCUUUGACGCGAAGGACGAACAGGGCGCCAUCACCGGCGCUGUGGUGGACGGAGGAAAAGACGGAAACGUCGCGGCUGCCGAGGCCAGGCUGAUGGCGCAGGCGUCUCUGCAAAGAGUCGCCUGUCUCUGGAUGGCUGUGGGGCUGUACGAAGCCUGCCGCCGGCUCACCUACCUGGGAGGCGACGAGAACGGAAAAGAGGCUAAGGACGACGGCGACGAGAGCGACACAACGGAAAAGCGAGCGAGAGACCGCGAGAGGACUGGGAGCGCCUUCUUGGGGAGGUUUCUUGUUGACGCUUUUGCCAGUCUGUGCUGCCGGCUGUCUGUCGAGGUUUUCUGCUCGAACAAGGCAGACGCGCUGGCCCGGGCUCUCCUUCCUCCGGCGCGUUCUCUCUGCGUCUCCGCUCCCAGCUUGCCUCUUUCCCCUUCGUCCUUGUCUGCGUCCUCACUUGCGUCGGCUGCGCGCCAUCUCCUCGCGCGGCUUGAGAGCCUGCUGGAGCUUCUCAUCCACGACAUGCCAGUGAGGGGAAAUAGCGCCGACGAAGUGGAGACAGCGAGCGACGCUUCCCCAGGAGAGACUGAGGUCGGCGCUUCUCUGUUGGACUUCUUUUCGCGUCUCCAGCUGACUGUGUCCCUGUGGGGGCUUCUGCGUCGACUCCCGCUGUCGUGGCGUGCCGAGAAGAAAACCGAUCCGGACUCUCUCCCGUCUUCGCCCCUUUCUUCCGCUUCGCUCCGACACAAGGCCGACCGCUGCAUGCUGCGGCUCGCGCGGAGUUUCUGCCGACGGCAAGGCGGCGCGAAGAAGCUGGACGAGUUCGCGACCAUCCUCGCUUCGCGCGGCGGACCUUCCGUCUCCGCGGACGGCGAGAAGGCCGCGGUCGAUCCGAAGAAAGUUCUUGCCUCUGCUCGCCGUCGCGCAUGUCUCUUUGCGGGAGCCUGGUGUCAGGUCUACCUGCCUGUGUGGCGCGCAGGCUUGCUGGCGGCGUCUGCGUUGCCUGCGUCGCCUGCGUCGUCGAAGGCCAGCGGCGGUCGCAAGGGAGAGAAGAAGGCGGAGGACGCCGAAGGAGCCGACGAGGCGACUCUCAGGCGGAAGAGGGUGUGGACACUCGCCGAGGAAAUCGUGCACUCAGACGCUCUGUGGCAACUCGCCACUGCACUCCGCUUUCUCUGCUACGCUGCUGCCAAGGACGCGCAAGCUGGAAGCAGUGGAGACACGGAGGGUGACGGCCGGGAAGCCGAAGGACAAUCAGGGCGACCAGCGAUGGUUCGAACCGGUGCAGAGAAACGCGCGGCGCUAGAAAACAUGGAAACGACAGGAAGCGAAACUGUUUUUGAACCCUCGGAUGAAGACCUUCAGCUCGCCUUGCUGCCGCUCUUCCACUGUCUGGGUUCCGAGCUCCUCCCGAUCUACUACUCGGCUUCCGCUGAGAAGCGAGUCGAGGAUACAGACGCGGGUCGCGGUGAAGGCCGACGGGGGAACAGCGCUUCCUGGGAUGCCGGACAGGCCUUGGACGGAUACGAAGGCGGCGAGGGCAACUGGGAUACCAGCUACGGAGAUUCCCAGCAGGGCGGCCGGUCGAUUUUCUUUGCUGACGAAGAGGAGGAGGAAGCGCGAGAAGCGGAGCAGCACCGGUCUGUGCCUCAGCGAGGCGAGGCGUCUCCAGACAAACGGCCUCUGGCCUUGCUCAUCGAUCUGUUGCCGAAGGAACUGUACGCGUUGUUUGCGUCGCUCUACGGCGCCUCGACGUCUUCGGCCGAUCUCUGCCUCCGAAACAUCUUCAUGGCGGACCGUGCAGAAGUUCGCGAGGUGUACAUACACUCGAGCUUUGCCUUCACCGCUCAGCGCGCUGCGGAGGCGGGGACAGCGGACUCGCAUGCAUCGCCUUUCGCUGUGCUUCCCGUCACGGACGCGCUCGCAUGGACCGCCCGUCUGCCGCAGCCUCAAGAAGGCGGCGGCGAGAGGCUCCAGGCAACCAGAAGAGCCGAAGAGAACGAAGGCGAAGACGCCCUUCUUCUGCUUCUCCGUUUCCUGCGACAAUCCGCGGAUGCAACGGCGGUCGAGGAAGCAGAGAGAGGCCGGAGGAAGCGGCGGAAGGACCGGCAAGGGACGAAGCAAACCAGGGACUGUCUGGCGCAUGCGUGGACACUCGACGACUUCCACGCAUUUGUCAACGAAUGUGAUGAAGACACGCCUUCUUUGUCUCUCACGUCCGUCCUCGUCACAGCCCUCGGAUCUUCACAGGCGACUGCGCUCGACUGGCUCGGGCUAAACCCGGUCCGCGUGCAAAAGACGCUCGAUGCCUUCCCUUUCGCGGCCUGUCUUCCGCGGAAUCUGGAGACGUUUUUCGAUCGCUCCGAUCGCGGGGACGACGCGCCGUGUCGUCCAGGAGACGGCCACGCCUCGCUUGCAGGCCGGUGCACUGUGUCAGCAACUCCCCUGGUGUCGAGCGGGGCCUCAGUGGGGUGUCUGUACACCUCAGCGGGUAGCCGCUCCGAAAGCGCGCGGCAAGCUAGCGAGGCAUCUGGCGGCGAGGAUGCUCUGUUCCGCCUUUUGUCUCCGACAAACAAGACGGCCGGAAUCGAGGUUGACCACGAGAUGCUCUACCAGGCUCGUUUGGCCCUGUCGGCCUGGGUCUCCGACCGGGCCCGAUCGUUCGCCUCUCCCUCCGCCUCAUGCGACGAAGCUCACAGGCGGCGAGACAGCGCGAAAGGGGAAGUUGCACGGGAAGCACCAGGCGACGCCGCCCCAGCGUACGAUGCCGCCUACCUCGUUCCGUUCCUCACCGGCCGCCUCGUCGCGGCGUGCGCGUCUCUCCUUUAUCAGCUGGGUGAUCCGCGCGAGGCUGAGGGGCGGAAGAGCGCGAACGAAGAAGGCCCUCUGGAGGAAGAGGCCGAGGUCGAGGCAGGGGAUCGAGACUCGAAACAGGAACGGCGGGAAGGCAAAUCGCGGGAAUCUGUAGACAUUCAAGUUCAACCCAGGAGAGACGCGUCGCCCUCGCUAGCUGUUCUGGCCAGACGCGCAUGCGGGACUGCCCACCGGUGGCUCCAGCUCCAGAGAGACAAGGCCGAGCCGGAGGAGACCGGCGGGGCGGCGCGAGAGCGGCGCCGUCGCCGGAAGCGGCGGAGACACGCAGACGGAGAAGACGAGGACACUGGAGACCUCGGAUACGCAGAAGACGACGAGGAGGCCGGGCGAGAGAACGCGGGGACCUCCGCAACGGAGGACGACACAGACAGCAGGCUCCUCGUCGCCUUCGACGUGGAGGAGCUGGAGCGCGCGACGAACCACGUCUGGCCGUUCCUCAACGCCGCACGUCAACUGCAGACUCGCCAGCGUAUGCGACGCGAGCAGACGGAGAGACUAAAGCAGGGAGGGGAGGCCGUGGGAGAUUUCGAGGCCGAGACCGAAGACGACGGACGCCGGGUGGAGAUUGAGGAACUCGCGAACGAAGAGCAGGCGGAAGAAGACUUGGAACGAUGGGCAGAAGAGAAACAGAAAGUCGACCAGCAAGGCGUCUGGCUGAGGCGGUUCGCGUCCGGAGGUGGUUUGCAAAUUCUCCUCAUGGCGCUGUCUUCCACGGACUCGGAAGUGCGCAGAGUGGCGUAUCACGGCCUCGCCGUUUUCUCGCACCUGCUCAAUCUCUCAGGGGACCUGACUCUCCUCCUCGCCUUUGCCGAGAAACGCUUGCUGCUCUCGAAAAUAGCAGCCCUGUCGGCCUCUCUGUCAGCUGCCGUCGGCGACGGGUCUGCCUCGGCGGCUAGCCAAAAGACUUCGCUCCUGUCGGCCAGAAAGCGAAUGCUCACCCGCCAGCUGGAGCAGCACCGGAGCGGCUUCGCGUUCCGCGAGUUGCGACAAGUCCAACUCCUGCUCGCAGCGGUGCGAAGCAGCAUCGCCCCGCCCGCAGCGCCGGAGCCGAGCGCCGACACAGGCGCCGCAGCCGCGGAAGGAGGGGGGGAAGACGCGCACGAGGGAAGGACUCGAGACAGAAAACGAAGACGCAGGCGCUCGGAACUCGAGGACGAGGAAGACUGUGACGGAGACGAAGCGUGGCGAGAGAUGGAAACAGGACACGCGACUGAGGCGCCAGCAGAACGAAACGACGCAGACCUGUGUCCCGAGGCCCUCCACCCGAUCCUGACAGCCUUCGCGGCGUCUGCGGUCCCCUUCCUUCUCCAGCCGGAACAUCCCCUCUUUUCGCUCUUGAACGAGUUUCUGCUCCAGCGCUCCAACCUUUCGUCUCUUCUCUUCUCGCGAGCCGCUUCGCCCUUCCUCUACCUGCCUGCGCGCGCCUCUGCCAGUGCGGGGCCGUGCCACGCCACCGGCCUCGGGUCUCUCUUUUCGACGUUUCUGCUCUCUCCUGUCUCCGUCUCUUCCCUCCAACAGAAGCAGUUUGUUCUCACAUGUCUCCUUCGGGCCCUUGCGGCUUCGACGUGCGCCGCUCCUGCUCCCUCUGUCUCCGAUGCGUCGAGCCGAGCUCGGCCCUACCGGGAUCGCGACGCGGAGACGGUGUCUCUGCUUCUCCCGCCCUCGUCUGUCUUUCUGUUUGCGUCGUCGCCCACUCUCGCGUUUGCUUCCUUUUCUUCACCCUUCCUCGCAGGUGUCUUCGCAGCCCUCCAGCUGUCCCUACAGCUCCCCGCGGGCUUCGCCAACCGUCUCGUUCUCCCGGCGGCGACCCUCGCUUCGGGGUCUUCAUCCCGCACAAGCAGCGUGCGCGCUCUGCCUAUCGCCUGCUGGAAUGCAUGCGCCCUGUUGCAGCGUCAAGCCCUCGUACCAUGGCUUCUCCACCACACGCGUUUGCUUCUCUUCCCCCCCGCGUCGCCUUUCUCGUCUCCCUCCUCUCCGCUCGCAGCCGCCUCCUCGUGGGGCCGCUACCUCAGCUUCUUCCUCUGGCAGACGCUCCCACUCCCUCACCUCUCUUCGGCGCUCUCGUCUGUCCGUCGCCUGCGCGCGGAGGCGGAAGCUCGGGACAAAGACUUGCGUAGUUUCGCCCAACAGAGACGAGACGCGCUCCACGCGGCGCGGGAUGUCCUCGCGCUCUUUUCGGCCCUUCUCGAUGCGUCGCUCCUCGCUCCUGUCCUUCCUUCUUUUGGUCAAGACGACGCCUUGGGCCUCGCCCCCGCAGGUUGCGUGGAUCGCGAGGCGGCAAAGGAAACCGCAGACGAGGAGUUACGUCGAGGCGAGGCAACUGACAACUCAGAAGAUCUCGAAAUCCCCGCGGCGACUCUCGAGGGCGCCUGGCGACGCGCAGUCCUCCUCCGCCUUCUCCACCUGUUUGUGUCGAGAGAAGAAGAAAAGGUCGCCGACGAAGAGACGCACAAGCAGUUUGAGCCUACGCCGAGCAAAAAGAGAAAGGUCAAAGACGAGACACAUGGGACUGCGAAACUCCGGGAGACGGAAAGCCACAGAUCGGGGUCUCAAGGCACCGCACCUCGCUCUUCCAACUCCGACGCCUCGCAGUGUGUUCUGGCAAGUCCCGAAGGAGACGCCGAUUUGCUCCUUCGUGCGGAGGUUGUCGCAUGGCCUCUCUUUUUAGGGUUUUCUUUGCCUCCCGUGUCGCCCGCCCUCCGGCCCCGUUCUGAUCGGUCCCUGGGUGAUAUUUCCUCUCUCGCUGCUCAAGUCGCUGUGCUGAGAUCGCGACUUCUCGGGAUUCCCCACCCUUCUCCGGCCGCGCAGUUCAGUGCCUCAGUCUCGACGGCCUUGAACCGGAAUCCUCGACGGGGGCGAGAAGGCCAGGCGCCUCCCCGGGUGCAGGCGAGCUCCGAAGGCCCCACGCUUCUUGUUUCGUUGUUCGAGUUCCUCCGAUUCAUCGUCCGUCUCUGGUACGCUCUGAAUCUCUCUCGCGACUGUCGGUCUUCGCUGCCGCCGUCGGCAUCGUCUACGGUGCGGCGGCCUGGCGCAGGUGCCGGGUCUUUGGACGCCGAGGCGACAAAACAGUCCGGUUUUCUCCGAUUUGGGGCGUCUCCGCCUCUCGCCGAGAAACGAGAAGACGGCGAGAGGGACGAGGUGCGACAGGCGGCGAGUCGCCUCUUCCAGCUCUGCUGGAGACUGUGCUGGUGCGCCUGUUCCCUUUUUCAACCUGCGUUCUGUUUGUUGGCUUCGCCCGCGAUCGGAUGCCGCGAUGCGGCCAAGAGUCCUGCGGGAGAAGGCGCAGUCUCGCCGUGCUCGAGGCAAGUAAAGAAGCUCAAGAAGCACACACAGGAAGAAGAGAGCGAAACCACGGAGUGGGGUGAAGACGAGAAAGAAAGCGGAGCAAGUCGAAGAGGAGAGAACACAACAGGACGGUUCAACAGGCUGGCGCUCUCGCCCCUGCAAAAAGCGCAGCUUCAACAACUCAGACAAGCUGCAGCUGCAUGCGUCGCAGACGUCCUCACUCUUUGCGAAGCCGUCGCGCUCUCCACCUCGAGAGACAGGCGGCGAGACGAGGUGGAGACAAGCAGAGGAAGUGGAGGUUGGGAGGCGGCUCGCCACGGCGAGGCGCGUUGGUCCGAUCGAACUGUGCGGACAGCCGCGCCUCCCAACUUCGAAAGGAACAACGCAUACAGCACAGAAGAGCGUCGCGUGUGUGAGGUGGUGCUUGCCAUGUUAAGUCAGGAAGAUGGAGCAAAGGCCAUGUCUCCGCUCAGUGCCGAACGGAGACAAGCCCUCGCGAGAAAAGAAGAACUCCUGCUGCAGUGGCUGCAGAUCUGGUGUCUCCUCUCGAGGGCCCCAGACGGAGACACCUGCGCCGCAGGCCUGCUCUGUGAGGGGCAACCUGCGCGCUUCUCGCUCACUUCUUCUCGCUCCGCGAGAUACAUUAAAUGGAUGUGCUCUCAGGGCUGGCGAGGGUAA